GCAGUUGUUUUCGCGCGCUUUUCAUGUACACUUCGAUUGUUUGAUAAAAAAAAUUGGUGAACCGCGAAUGUAUUCUUCAAAAUGUCAGUGUUAGUUAUAUUUUUAUUUUGCCACAUAUUCGGUACUUUGGCAGCGUGGCCGUCACAUAUAGACAUCAACAGAGUGAAACUGCUCACGAACAAGACUCCACACUCCACAAAUCAAGGCAAAAAUUAUGUGGGCUAUCAAUAUAAAAGAAGCAAUAAUUAUGACAAUUAUAGCAGCAGGUACUCUGGUGGUUUUUCCUCGAAUUCCCCCGAAACCAUAAAAGUGUAUGAACCAAGGGAAGACCCGCGACUAUUCUACCAAUCUGAUUCGUAUAUUAAAGAGAGUAAUAAUAAAAAUAUAAACAGGACAGUAUCAGAGAUAUAUCCUGGGCGAGAAGUAGUAAGGCCAGACGAAUUUCGAAGUCAUUCGUUACCAAUAUUCGCUGAUGAACGAAAUUCCAACUUAAUUGACUCGGGCUUCAACAAUUUUUGUAUACGAUGUCCACAUGACAGAACAAUAAUAGCUAAGCCAGGAUCCGAUAGGGUUAUGCUGCAAUCACCUACUUUGUUAACCUGUUCCGGCUUAAUUGCUCCAAAAGAAGCGCGCUUCUCAACCGUUUAUGGACCACAGUUUGGAGCCUUAAUAGAAAAUGGAUCACAUAUGAUUAUUGGACGUAUUUCAUACGGAAGCAAAAUUCUGAAAAUGUGUAAAAUGCAAGUGCACGUAAUGUUACACGAUUGUCCAGUACCUAGCUAUUUGGUUUCCCGUUGUGACGAGAAAAAUAAAUUAUGCAAGUUCACGUGUCGAGAUCCAAGUUUAGAGUUGCAUGGACAAACAUCACUAUCUUGCGGUGAUAAAGUUAAUGGAAUGUGGAAUGGAAAACUCCCUGUAUGCAAAGUUCGAAGCUGGUGUUUAGCGCCGACGCCACCAGAACAUGGACAUCUCAGCUGCAAAGGGACCACCAUUGGUGGUUCUAAUCUAUCAGAAGGGUCCAUAUGUCGAGUCCACUGCCCACGCGGCUGGCACUGGAGCCCGAGGGCAGCCACCGUGUGCAGAAGAGGAGCUUGGACUUAUAACCUAACUUGUCAACUGAAGAAAAGGCGACGCCAUUGAUGUAAAAUUGUAAUAAUAAGAAGAAAUUAUAAAAAAUAGGAAUCUAUGUUAAUUUGUUAAAAAGAGUAUUAGUAAUCAUUAUUUUUGAUAAAAAUUUGCAAACACAAUGCCAUAAAUAUCGAUAUUUUUAUAUGUUAAAGAAACAGUAAACUUACUCUGCUAUUCUAUAAUAAAAACUCAAUGUCGAGUAUAGGUAUCACAGAACAUAUAGAGAGAUGUUCUGUGAUAGGUAUGGAAUUUAAAGGAUUUUGAUCUAUCUUAUACAUGCGUCUAAUUAACUAUAACAAUUAUAAUUAAUUAUAUUCAGUUUUUAGA